AUGGACUUCCUCAAGAAGAAGAUGAAGGAGCUGCUCGAUGACGACGAUAAGCCCAAGGAUAAGCCCACUGAUUCUUCGAAUUCAAGUUCGCAGCCUGCCCAUGGUGACUCUCAUGGAGCACCUGGUGGCGCCGCUCCAGGCGAUCGUGCUCUUUCUGAUGGCUACUACGGCGGUGACCAUAACAGCGGUCCACCACCCCAGCAACAGUAUGGCCAGCCGCCGCAACAACAGUACGGUCAGCCGCCGCAGCAGCAAUACGGACAGCCGCCUCAACAGUACGGCGCACCCCAAGGUUACGGCCAGCCGCCCCAGGGCUAUGGUCAACCCCAGGGCUACCCUCAGCAGUAUAACCAGGGCCCUCCCACACCACAAGGCCCUCCUGCGCCGUAUGGCGCUCCCCCUCCAAUGCCGCCCGGCUGGAACCAGCAGUGGGAUCAGAAUAGCCAGCGCUGGUUCUACAUUGAGCAGGCUACAGGCCGCACCCAGUGGGAUCCUCCUUCCAACCUGCCUCCUGGCCCCUAUGCUCCGCCUGGCCCCAACGCUCCCUACGUUGCUGGAGCUGGUCACGAUGAGCGCGGUCUGUUCGGCAAUACCCACGGACACAGCGGCCAUGACUACAAUACAGCGCCUGGCGCACCCGCUGAUCCUCUCAAGGCCGAGAAGGAGAAGAAGGACAAGGGCCACUCGACUGCCAUGCUCGCAGCGGCUGGUAUCGGAGGUAUCGCCGCUGGCGCCUGGAUUGGGCAUGAGCUGACCGAGAAUUCCGAUGACGAGAAGAGCUCUGCUGCCCCUGCGGCUGCUGCCGCUGCUCCUGCCGCCGCUGCCCCCGCAGCGUAUGCUGCUGCGCCGCCGCCUGCUGCCGACCCAUACGCUAACGACCCGUAUGGGGAUCAGGCCUUCCAGGAGCCUCCCCCAGUUCCUACUCAUGAUGCAGACGGUGACUCGAUUUCAAGUAGCGACCGCGAGUCGCUCGAGGAGAAGCGCCAGGAGCUCAUCGAGGCACAGGAAGAGUACCAAGAAGAGCUUGAAGAGGCGUACGAUGACUAG